AUGAAGGCGGUAGUGUGGGUGGGAGUAUUUGCUUUGACUGUCGCUGUGCCCAUUGAGGUCAGAGUCGUUCCCGAUAAAGACUCGGAAAUAAAGCGACAAAUUUUCACUUGGCUCCAAAGGGAAUACAUUGCCAACGAUGGAGACCUCUCAAAGAUAAGCCAGCAAAGUUCGCCAGAAGACUUCCGAAUCGAAAGCUACAUUUACGAAAACAGCAUACCAACAUUCGUUGUCACCACUAACGACAACAAACGGUAUAAAAUACGUAUAAAAAAGAAAGAUGUAAUUCGAAAAGAUGUUUAUGAAAAUCUCGCAUACAUUCAACCCGAACAUAAGGUGGCACAGUCAAUACAUUCGUACUCUUCAUACAAAUUUUCACCUGCUUAUAAAACUUAUCUGGAGUACAAUGAAGUCGACGUGGGAACUCCCUUGACAGAAGCAGAAGUAUUAAGUAUAAGGCAAAGUCAAUCCACCCAAUCAGGAAAGUCUACUUACUGGGUGAAUUUCGGUCAAUAUUUCGGCCUGGAUACCACUAAACCGAAAGAUUUUCGAAUAGCGAAAGAUUUGCAACUUCUUGUGACGUCAUCUAAAAUUAUUAAUCAGAAUGAAGAAGCAGCACUCGCAAACAUAAAAGCAAUUUACGACAAGGAAUUAAGAGGUAAAGAUUUUAAUGUAAAAUGGGACACUGAAGGCAGGUUCAAUUUUCUAAAAGUGAUUUCGAAAAAGUAUAUAGAACAUCCUCAAGAAAGAGACAUUAAAUUACAAAUAAAAAACAGAGGCAUAGUAAAGCAAAUCUUCUUAAAGACUUCUCUUGAGCCAGAUGAUAUAUCGAUCGUACAACAUCCCAGUAAAGAAAAUAAAAUAAAAUAUUUGACAAAAUUGUCAGAAUAUGUAGACUUAGACAUAAAUAACCCUAAGAAUAUUGAAGUACUACAAAAUCUUUUUAUAAUUUUAUUAUCUGAAUUAAAAAGUAAUUCAAACAUGAAUUUCAAAACAGCAGCUUUAAAGGUCAAAAAUAUGUAUGAAAAAGAAAUCGGAAGAAACAACUUUGAUUUAAAGCUAAACAAUGUGGAUGGGAAAAAAUAUUUAGAAAUAGAUGUAAAAAAAAGUGUUGAUGACAAUUAUGACAUUAAAGAUGAUGACAGUCAUAUAAAUGACGAUGAAAAUAAUGAUAACGAUACUUAUGAAGAUAAAAAUAACAAUAUAGAUAACAUUGACUAUAUUAAGAAUGUCGAUAUUAAGAACGGUAGCGAUUACGGUAACAUUGAUGAUAUUAGCGAUGAUAAUAUUGAAAACGACAGUGAUUAUGGUAAGAUAGACAACAUUAGCGAUGAUGAUAUUAAAAACGACAGCGAUAAUGUUACCAUUGAUGAUAUUAGCGAUGAUGACAUUAAAAAUGAUAGAGAUAAUGGUGACAUUGACGACAUUAGUGAUGAUGAGUAUAAAAUUAACGGUGAUAAAGGUAAGAUUGAUGAUAGUAGCGAUGAUGACAUUAAAAAUGAUAGGGAUAAUGGUGUCAUUGACGACAUUAGUGAUGAUGAGUAUAAAAUUAACGGUGAUAAAAGUAAGAUUGAUGAUAGUAGCGAUGAUGACAUUGAAAAGGACAGUAAAGAUGAUAACAAUGACUACACUCGCGAUAAUAGUUACAUUAUCGGAGAAAUAAGCGAUUAUGACGGUAAUAAAGAUUAUAUUGAAACAAAUCCUUUAGUAAACUAUAAUAUUGAAUACAAUAAUGUCAAUAAUGAGCAUAUAGAAGGCGAUAACACUGGCGAUAAUGACGAACACUAUGAUAAUAAUUACGAUUCAAAGCAAAAGUACUAUAAUGCUUAUACUUAUGUAAUUGGUAAUAAAAGAGGCGUUAAAUACAAGAACGAUGUUGAAAACGGUUAUCCAACACCGAUACAAGACUCGAGACCGAUGAUUGACACUGUUGAAGAUGAUUCAUCACACAGUGGUUUAUAUCAUAGAAGUCCAAAUAAUGAUAACACUAAAUCAAUUGAAGAUCGUAAAGACAUUGAAAUAAAUGGCAAACACGAGCAACCAAAAGAACUAUGGUGGUCAUUCUACGAUCGAUUAGGUAUGGAUAUAAACAACGAGCAAGAUAACGAGAUUUUCAAAUAUUUGUACCUCAUCAUAAUGUCUCAAGCAAUGGAAAACGAUUCUGGAGUUGUCGAUGCUAUAAGUCUUAUCCGCGACUAA